AUGGCGACCACCAGCGGCAAUGGCACUCCCGUCAAGGACUCGGCAAAGAGCUCGCCGUCAAGCAAGUCGACGAGUGGCUCACGUACUACCGUGUCCAGUGGGUCGGGGGGAAGCCGGGGCCGGACAUUGACAAGGAACAAUGACCCACUGUCCCCAGCCAACCUAGAGAAGAGGGGUUAUCAUACUUUUACUACGAUGGGGCGCAAGUUUCACGUCGAAAAACGCUGGAAAUUUGUACGUGAACUCGGCCAGGGUGCCUACGGAUUCGUCGUGUCGGCACAAGACCAGAUAUCUGGUGAAACAGUAGCCAUCAAGCUCGUGACGCGCCUGUUCGAGAAGAUUCAGCUCUCGAAACGCGCGUUGCGGGAAAUCAGUCUGUUGCGUCACUUUGCUAAUCACGAGAAUAUUACUGGUUUGAUUGAUAUGGAUGUAAUCACUCCGGAUUUUAACGAAAUAUACCUGUUCAUGGAGCCUAUGGAGGCUGAUUUGCACCAGAUCGUCCGCUCUGGACAGAACCUAAGCAAUGCACAUGUUCAAUACUUCCUUUAUCAGAUCCUGCGCGCGAUGAAAUACGUGCACAGUGCGGGGGUGAUCCACCGUGAUCUGAAACCUGGGAAUCUUUUGGUAAAUGCCGAUUGCGAACUUAAGAUUUGUGAUUUUGGCCUAUCUCGAGGAUUCGACUCGGCUCCCGAACCUGACGGCACUGGAUUCAUGACCGAGUACGUCGCCACACGAUGGUACAGAGCUCCGGAGAUCAUGCUCUCGUUCCGCAAAUAUACUACAGCUAUUGACAUCUGGUCGAUUGGAUGUAUCCUCGGCGAAUUGCUUGGUAUGAAACCAAUGUUCAAGGGUAAAGACUAUGUCGAUCAACUCAAUAUUAUCAUCGAUAUCCUGGGAACGCCUGAUGAAGAGACACUGCAACGCAUUGGAAGCGUCAAGGCCCAAGCCUAUAUACGCAGUCUCCCGGUUAAAGAGCAAAAGCCCUUCAAGUCCCUAUUUCCACAAGCAGACGACCUUGCGCUUGACCUUCUCUCCAAAAUGGUUACCUUUGACCCUGCAAAGCGUUUGACCGUCUUGGAAGCGCUGAAACACCCAUAUCUCGAGGCAUAUCACGAUGAGGACGACGAACCCGAGUGUGAAUCCAAAUACGAGCACUGGAAGGAAAUAGAAAAACUCGAAACCAUCGAUCAGUUCCGCACUGCAAUCUGGAAUGAGGUUGAAGAGUUCCGUCGAGAAGUGCGCGAGAUGGUAGUUGAACCUGAGCCUGAAGUGAAACUCAACGGUAUCGCAGCCACCAGUGAGAAAGUGGAUGAAACGAAAGCUACCACACCGGUGGUCGCCGAGAGUCCGAUUGUUAUCAAGGAGGGGGGUCCUAGCGAACCCGUCGACAAACUCACACCCGUCGACGAAGAUGUGCCUAAUGGGACUAUUCCUUUCCCUUCGAGCGGUCGCGCAUCGCCCUCUCCCGCUGCGGGAUCUGUGCCGCUCCCCCGCCAACGGCCCGUUAGCGCUCGAACCAAGUCGAAUGUCGAUCCUUAUGAAGCAUAUGCUCGCAGAUCCUCGGUCCUUGCUUCUGCUUCUCCUCAGGCCUUGACGGGUAAUUUACCACCUGGCGUUGUCGACUCGAAAGAUGCCCAAUCUGCCGGAGGUGAACCGCAGGCUACGGCCUCGUACAUUGUUCCCGCUCGUUCACGUGCUGGGUCGGCUGCGGAUAGUACCAUUAGCUCUGGGGGAUUCUCAGGCCAUGGUACCUUCCCACGCACCAUCCUACGCACUCUUUCUACCCUUUCAGUCAAUGAUUCUGGGGCGGCAGGUGCUGCUGCAGUUGCUCUAGGACGAAUCAAGGGCGACAAAGAGGAUAUCACGGCAGCAGAUGCCCCUCCAAGCUCGAUUCCAGUCGAGUUCCGCCCCAAGAAUUAA